GUUAUUUGUGUAAUAGGACAGUGUUUCUUACACUGAAACCGAACAGCUAUCACCUUAUACCUGUAGUUUAUUUAAUGAAGACUAUACAGAGCCAAAUUACUGGAUCACAGGAAAGGACGUGCAAGAAAAUCGUCGUAAUUAUGAUGCACUAUUCCAGAAUUUCCUUGCGAUACUGAGGAAACCCAAGAAAAACCUCAGUCAGGGUAGUUGGUGUCCCGGCAGAGAUUAGAACUGAGUACCUCCUGAAUAUAAAUCAGAAGCGUUGCGACUUCAGCAGACUUCCUUGGUCAAACGGCUAUGAAAGUAAACUCGGUGAUAUGUGGAGGUUGGUUCUAGGCACUCCCCCACCCACAGAGACUCACUACAUGCACUGGGUUACAGGAAGACCUCUAUUAGACUAGCAUUCAUACGUCAUGCGGGUACUUAACUACAGGCCCUGACUAACAGGAUAAGUGUAACCGAGCAGGAAGAUUUAUAUCUCGGCAGCGGCCAUUGUGACUUCUGUUGUCGCGUUGUCAUCUAUCUUCUUGGGGCCGACAAAACCGAUAACCUUGACCAGACAGUUGGUGUGAUAGUGACAUAAAUUCGCUAGUGUUCUGAAAAAACACUGCAGAACUUUCAACGGAAGCUUCCUAAAAAAAAUAUUCUUAUUUAUAUCACGCAAGAAGCAAACCUACAGCCUGAUGCCCAUUCUAAUGGAGUGCAAACGUCUGCGUAGUUUGGUAAUUAAUCAAGAGCAAUUUCUUGCUCUUUCAUGUAAUGAUUUAAGGUCUUCAUACAUAAACUAGUGACAAAUCAAGUGAAAUCGAUGUUGUAGGAGCCAAAACGGUUUGUUCUGAUACCAGUGCCAGGUUCUUUGAUCUCUGUCGCCCAAGGAUCUACCCUGUACGCAGCGAACUACACACAGUUUGAGUAAGCUGGCGCCCGGAUUAGGCACCCCGAUGGCCUAGGCAAGCAGAAGGAGCGGCGGCGUGAGAAUGGCUACAGCAGGAGGUGGGGGCGGUGGAGGUGUGUUGGUGGCUACGCUGUGGUGGAUAUGUCUGAUGUGGGGGUGGGCGCACGUCGCACCCCAAACCCACCAGUGCCCGUCCCAUCACGAUCUCGCUCCCUGUGCAUGCACCGUCAAGAAGAAUGGCCUCGACCUCUUGUGUGAGUUCACGGACCAGCAACACAUCACUCAUGCAAUGACCGCACUUAAAGGUUCGUCUGAAGUCAUCUUCUACCUGAAACUCCGUCAUAACAGCCUGCCCAAACUGCAGGACUUCGUGUUCCUCGGACUGGACAUCCGCCACCUCACCAUCCACAACAGUAGCCUCGCCGUGGUCGAGGAGUCUUCACUCAGCUCUCUGGGAAAAGGGCUGACGCAGUUGGACCUGUCUCAGAACGGGCUGAUUUCGGUGCCGUCCGCCGCGUUCCGCAACCUUCACCACCUGCUGAUCCUCAACCUGAACCACAACAGAAUCACCGCGAUCCACAACAAGGCCUUCGAGGGACUUGACACGCUGGAGAUCCUCACGCUGUAUGAGAACAAGAUAAUGACUAUCGAGUCAGAUGCCUUUAAAGGGCUGGACAACAGGAAACUGAAGCGCCUAAACCUCGGAGGCAACGAACUGCAGUCCGUUCCAACAUCAGCAUUAUCUUCAUUUGACAUGCUCAAGAAGUUGGAGAUACAAGAGAAUUUGAUUUCUGAGAUUUCAGAAGGCGAUUUCCAAGGUCUUCAGAGCCUGGACUCGCUCAUCCUAGGCCACAACCAGCUGAUGGAGGUUCCUGCGAGAGCGUUCUCACACCUCAACCUUCUCAAUUCCCUAGAACUAGAUGGAAACCAAAUCACCCACAUUCACUCUGAAGCAUUUCGUGGUCUUGAAGAGAACCUUCAGUAUCUGAGGUUGGGUGAUAAUAAUAUUCACUGUGUACCCAGCGACGCACUAAGACGUCUUCACCGAUUGCGUCAUCUAGAUCUCCGAUCCAAUAACAUCAGCGUUGUUCCUGAGGACGCAUUCACUGGCUUUGGAGAUACAAUCACUUUCCUUAACCUGCAGAAAAAUGACAUCAGGACGAUACCUUCGCUGGCUUUCGAGAACCUCAACUCGCUGGAAACCCUGAAUCUGCAGAACAACAAGUUAAAACACAUUCCCGAAGAGGUAAUGGAGCCCAUCGUGGACACGCUAAGAAACAUCGAUAUAAUGGACAACCCACUGGAGUGUGACUGUACCCUGCGCUGGUACCGGGAAUGGCUAAAGAAUUUGCGUGACAAGGACGAUGACGUGAUGACAAAGAAGCGAACCUUAUGCACGAUGACAAGCGAGCAUCGGGAGUAUAAGUUGCAAGAACUGCCUCUGGAGCGUAUGAACUGUGUUGGCAAGAACUUGGAGCAGACAUCCAGCAGUAACGCCGCUGAACCGCGUGGAUUCUGUACGGGGACGGUGACAACAGCGCUAGCCACAGUGGCUGUGGCAGCGGUAAGCAGCAGCUACUGCCUGUAGUGGCAGAGGCGAGUGAAGAACCACGACGGUCCCAUACAAGACGACGCCCAGUUUUGUUACAAUUCAAGAAAUAUGUAACGUUCUGAAAUGCAAGGGAUUUAUGAUUUCCACACACACACACUAACACAGCAACACUGGUGUAGGUCAUUAAACAGUAUAUUAACCAUCCCACUAAUGCGUACUUUCGGCAAGUUUGGUCACUUUGUUAAAUAUUCUGUACAGUUCUGAUAUGACUUCAGUUAAGAGGUGGAUGUUUAUUUGAAAUUGGGUCCUUCUUAUUUUAGAUAAGUUAACAAAAAUGUCGCCUUAUAUCCGAGAAUAUAUGGCAUUCAACAGACCGAUACACAGAUAAUUAUAGCUCGUGAUUCUGAAAAUCGCUGUAUAUAUUUGAAAGGUUUUUUAUCUCAUCAGCGAUUAUUUUUCCGUUGUUUUCUAACCUACGAUUAUUAUUAUAUGUUAAAAUAGAUGCUUAUAAUUAUAGCCAUAGGUU